CUGGGUGUCUACCUAAUUAGCACGAUUUGGCUCACACAAUAUGUCGGUAAACUAUGGCGACUAUCAGUCAGAGAUCUAUGGUCGAGGAGCAAUGACGGGCGUCCUGCCCAGCGUUACUACCGACCCUCGCCUACUCGAGGAACAGGCAAAGAAGGCCUUGGGGGCCCGUAGCUUCAACUAUGUUGCUGGCGGAGCUGGAGAGAAAGCUACCAUGGACAGCAACCGGCUGGCAUUUCGACAAUGGAAGCUGAUACCGAGAAUGCUGAAGCAGAUGAAUGAUCAAAACCUUUCAGUAAACCUCUUCGGUCAAGACUAUCCGACUCCACUUCUCAUGGCACCUGUCGGAGUCCAGUCUAUAUUUCAUGACGAUAAGGAGACUGGCCUCGCAGAAGCUUGUGGAAAUGCCGGGGUUCCGUAUAUCCUCAGCACAGCGAGUUCCUGCUCAAUUGAAGAGGUCGCAAAGGCGAAUGGGGACGGCAAAAGAUGGUUCCAGCUUUACUGGCCGCGGGACGAUGAGAUCACUUUGUCGUUGUUGAAACGCGCCAAAGAAAACGGAUAUUCUGUCUUGGUUGUUACGCUGGAUACUUGGUCCCUGGCCUGGCGACCAGCGGACUUGGACAAUGGUUACGUUCCAUUCAUUCGGGGAGUUGGCAACAAGAUCGGCUUUACAGACCCUGUGUUCCGCGCACAGUAUGAGAGAGCGUCCGGCUCAAAGGUAGAAGAGGAUAUUCUUGGGGCGUCCAAAUCGUGGAUUUCCCAGAUAUUUUUCGGUCAGCCGCAUACAUGGGAGCAAAUUUCAUUUCUACGAAAGAGUUGGGAAGGCCCACUUGUACUGAAGGGCAUCCAGCAUGUGGAUGACGCCAAGCUUGCCCUUGAAGCAGGAUGCGAUGGCAUCGUGGUUUCAAAUCAUGGAGGCCGCCAAGUCGACGGUGCUAUUGGCUCACUCGAAGUCCUUCCAGAGAUAGUCGACGCUGUCGGAGACAAACUAACGGUUCUAUUUGAUUCUGGUGUUCGCACUGGGGUAGAUGUUAUUAAGGCGCUCUGCCUAGGAGCCAAAGCAGUCUUGAUUGGCAGGCCUGUGAUCUAUGGGUUAGCAAUCGGUGGAAAGCACGGGGCAGAAGCCGUGCUGAAGGGAAUAUUGGCAGAUCUCUGGCAGAGUAUGAAGCUCUCAGGGAUGCGGACCGUUGCCGAAUGCAACCGAGAAGUGAUCAGGAAAGUGAUGUAUCCGGGCGAUGGAAAGGCUAUGUGGUGAUAUGCAGCGUGUUAUUGGCCGUCGAUGGAAUCGGCCCAAUCAAGGAAGGAUCUGACGAUGGAAUUUGGGGAGAAUGAGGGGGAAAACUGGAGCCUGUGGGGUACACACCGUUUUUUUCCCUGCAACUGCUCGCGUGCCUCCCCAGCAUCGAACUCAAGUGGCGACCCCUGCCGAGGCGGAACUCGCUCGAUACCUGAAUUC